AGCAAAGAGAAACGAAGAACAAGAUAUAAAGCCAGCACGAAACUCCGGAAAGGGACACGUCGAACCUGUCUCUCCUUAUAUACGACAUCUCGUCUCAUGUGUCCACUCGUGAUCCCUUAACACCUAAAAAUGGCAAAGAACAAAGACGACAUCGAGUACGCAACGGCUCAAACAAAGCUAUCGGAAGACGAACCAAUUCGUGUAAGCUACAAACACGGUACACCAUUAGAGGGAGGCAAGAUUGCAGAGUCCGAGCCUGUAGAGCUGUUCUCAAGUGCUCAAAGGAUCGAACAGGGAAAAGAUCAGUCAGUCACUGGCGGCCAAACACAGAUGCAACGUGACGUCAAAGAUGUCCCCGGAACACGAACAGAUGAUAGUCGCCGUUGAACUAACAGUGUAGUUAUAUGGGUUUGUUAUGUUCGAUAUCUUUAGACAUAUACUGUUCUCUAAAUAAAACAGACUUAAGCAUGUUCUUAAAGUUAAUGAUAACUUGAACCUCUACUAACCUCAAAUAAACACAUAAGUAGACUUAAACGUUUGACAAAAAAAAAAAAGUAGACUUAAACUUAUCGAAUUACUCGGAAACAAAACUCUGUUUAGCCAGCACUGCACCUAGUAUAUAAAGGAAUGAACCAAGUAAUGAAUACAGGGACUGGGAUAGUUCAAAAGCUUAAAGGCAAAAGA